AUGUUUGAGAUGAAAACUCAAUUUGACACAGUGCUGAAAGAGCUGAAGCUGUUUUUCGACAUCAGUGCAAGUGAUAUGGCAAGCAGCAAUGGCACGCCAUCUCCAGAGCCUAUGAUGGAUAUAACUGAGCCCUUAGAAGCAGAGGUUUCAAAGGGCAAAGACCAGGAGGAGCCUGAUCCCAGAGAAGCAUCUUUGAAUGAUCCAGUUGAAGAUGGCAGCCUGGAGUGUGAAGGUGGUGAUGUGGGCUCUGGUGCAAGGAGUCGUGAAGGGGAACAGGAGGUCCCUCUCGGAAGCUGCCAGCUCCAAGAUGCACCCACACGCAAUCCAGAAGCUGUCGAGACGGAGCAGAGCCAGAGAAUGUGGUCACCAUCCUUCAUGUCCCUGCCGCUCGUGGAACAACUAACCCAGAAAUUGUUGGAACCACAUCGGCGCUUAGAGCCCCUCUACACCUGCACACGGCCCAUUCGAGUGGGACUGUCCAAGCGAGCAAAGACCAGGCACCUGCAUUACACUUACAAACCCUAA